AUGGCGACAGUCGGUGUAAACCUUCUUCGGUACGUGCAGUUGGUCCCAGGGUGCCGGAACUACCAACUGCCUAGAGGGCGCAGGCGUUGCCUUUUUCCCCUUCUUACCUUUCUUCUGCCGAUUAGGAGUCUGCAGACUCUAGGAAGAUUCGGUAGUUUGGAUAUUAUGCGUUUGUUGCUGAUUGAGCAGUUGCUGAGUUUCGUCAACUUUAGACGAGAAAAUAUUGUUAUGUUCUUGGAGUUUAGCCAUGUCCUUCUGGAGAGAGGUGAUUUGGGCCAAAAGUUCUGCUUCAGCAGUGGUUUGGAUCACGGGUGCAUUACCGAAGGGAGUACAAGGGGGCAGCACAAGGCUUGCUCCCCUUUGCCUUCCGAACGGUAG